AUGGUGUGCAUCCCGUCGGCUUGGUGCAAGGAAUACUGCAAAUCCUAUCUGGCCCCGGGACUCCAUGUUGCGCACUGCAGUCCCGACCACACAGCUGCAGUUCUCGAGGUUGCUUUUCACUCUGCCACCGGUAUGCUCGGAGCCGCCCCACGCCAACGUCGCUUCCCGGUCAGCCUCUUCAGUGAGCCCACCAAUCAAGCCAAAAUUGGUGUGGCCUUGCGGAGCUUUCAGCCCCUCCCCUGGGAUUGUUCAGUGCAUGCCCACGCAGCACAUCUGGUUAGCUACGUGCAGCAGACCUUGGGAUCGGUCAAAUCCCACCGCUCUGCGGGACCCCACCAGUCCUAUCUGCGCCCAGCCACUUGGCAGCUCCAACGAACUGUGGCUGCUACUCGCCGGUCCCUUCACCGUCUCCAGCGCCAGGUUCAUAUGCAGCUCAUGGCGGUCUGUUUCCACCUGUGGCGUGGCGCUAAUCUGCUCUCUUCCCUCGUGGAAGGGGCCACCUGGUGGCGCCGUGCGGACCUUGCCUUGGCAGCCCACCUCAGUGUCUUGCGCCACCAAGGACGCCAUUUAAAGCCAGCUUGUAAGCAGGACCGCAACUUUCAUUUAAGUCAGCUUGCGGACCAGCUCUCAUCUCGUCCGACCUCAGAGGUUUUCAGCAACCUGCAUAGGCUUCUUUCCCAUAAGCGCAAGAAACCUUAUCGUGCAGACCCCCUCCCCUCUAUUCGCGAUGCGGAGGGAAAAGUAUGCCCCGAUUCGGAUUCCAGCCUCAGGCGCUGGCGCCAACACUUUGGGGGUUUGGAAGGCGGCCGUGAGGUAGCCCUUGAGCACUUUCUCACUGAGACCCAGAACCGCAUCAACCAGAGUGCCACAGCCGUUGUUGCAUGGCCGGCUCCUCCAGACAUCCGUCUCCUGCCCACAUGCGCGGACAUUCGUCGCCUCCUUAUGCGGGCGAAGCCGGGCAAAAGCCCGGGGAUGGACGGGAUACCCAAUGAGUUCGGACGUAUCUUUGCUGAGGUUCUGUCCCCUCACCUGCACCAUCUUGCCUUGAAAACCUCAUGGCGAGGUUCCGAAGCCCUGGGCUACAAGGCAGGUCAGGCUAUUUGGCUUUACAAAGGCAAAGGCAGCUUCCAGGAAUGCACUUCCUACCGGUCCAUCCUCCUCCUCCCUGUAUGGUCCAAGAUUGUCCAUCAGGCCCUGCGACCGCCAACGAAGAGUUUCUUUGAACACCAGGCUCCCAGUUUGCAGCUCGGGGGUAAGUCCCAAUGUACUGUUAUGUUUGGCAGCCAGCUCAUCCGGGGUAUUAGCAGGGUUGCAACAGCGGCCAGCAAGACCCAAUUCACACUCUUUGCUGACAUCGCCUCUGCUUUUUACUGCGUGAUCCAACGUCUGGUGGCUAAUACUGCGGCCACCCCUGAUGGGUUUGAUCCGGGGACGUUCCUCGACAGCCUCCAGCUAUCCCCUGAUGAGCGUGAGGCUUUGGCGGAACAUUUGGCUGAACCAUCAGCCCUAGCCGGUGGGGGUGCUUCCCCCUGGCUGGAAGCCCUCACCUGCCGCCUGCAAGAGGGCAACUAUUUCCUCCUCAAGGGUGAUACUACUGUGAUCGCCACGGCUAAGGGCUCCCGCCCCGGCUCGUCUUGGGCGGAUCUCAUUUUCGCAGCCCUCAUCAAGCGCAUUCUGCUCCGACGCAAUGAGCUUCGAGCCGAGUGUGCACAGGUUUCCCGUCCACCUUCUUUUCCAUGGGAUGGCAUGCGUACAUUUCAGGCAUGCGAUGACUGCUCCGACCACAUUGAGAUAUCUGAAGUGGUGUGGGCGGAUGAUAUCGCUAUCCCGCGGCUCACGCAACCGCAUCAGGCGGCGUGUGCCCUGGGGCUAGAAGCAAGCUGCCUCUCUGAUGCUUUGAGGGAAUUCGGCUUCACUCUUUCUUUUGCGCCUAACAAAACAGCCGCCGUUUUGGCUUUGUCCGGGGCAGGGAGCCGUCGAGCCAAACAAGCUGUGUUUAGUUCAUCAGGCCUGAGAGGCCACAUCCCUGUCGUUUGCGAUUCAGGUCCAGGAGUCCUCCUGCCGGUGGUUACCUCCUACCGCCACCUGGGCAGCCAACAAACCCCCGGAGGCGGUUUGCGAGCUGAGAUUGCCUACCGCAUAUCACAAGCACGUGCUGCCUUCGCGGAAGGCCGCAGGAAAGUCUACCGUAAUCCCGCCAUCAGUCUCAUGCGCAAAGCCUUCAUUCUUCGUUCGUCUGUCCUUCCGAAGCUCUUCUUCGGUGCGGGCUCGUGGGGGCCAGUUACUCAAGGUGAGCGACGCUCCAUCUCCGGGGCCUUGUGGAGCUUUUAUCGCAGCCUCCUCGGUAUAGGCAAGAUGGAAGACCAGCACCUGGAUGCUCACACCUGCUUCGCUUUACUGCAGAUGCCCAGUCCUAGUACCGCUCUCCGUUUUCAGCGGUUGCUGUACAUUUCGCAACUGCUGGCUGCUGGCCCGCCGGAGCUCUGGGCCUGCCUGAGGGCGGAUAGGGACCAUGCGGAGCUCCUUUCCGCGGACCUCCAAUGGCUCCAUUCCUACACCUGGCGAACCACUGGACUGCCCUGUCCUCGCCAGGCUCUUGAUGUGCAUAGGCACACUGUCCUAGCUGCCCUAUCCGGCCUUCACCGUGCCCUUCUCCUCGUUUGCAGCCCGGCCGCUGAGGUUUCUGUCGCGCCUCCUCCCCGACCACAUUAUGCAGAGGCACUACCUGUUGCGCCUGUGGUCGAAGCUACUCUAGCCUUGGUAGACUUCGUCGGCAUUUGGUGUCCAGCUCCCAAUGCGUUCUUAACUGGGGCCGUUUUGUUCCCGAUUGCAUUGACCGGAGCGACCCUCCACACCCCUUGGCGUAUCCAGCUGCACAUUCGACUUGAUGUUGUUGCCGGGCUCCUCGCUGAUUUGAAUGCUAUCUCUCCGAUCAGCGAGGAUGAGGCUUGGGCCGCCAUCUCCUCCUAUGUGGAACCACUUGACGCGCUUCGCGCUACGGUUUCUGCCUGGAAGUCGGAGGAUCCCAGUUGUGCAGACAGAUCCUCUACGGCUGAUAACAUGUUGCUCCUCCUGGACGUUGAUCUUCUGGCGGACACAUAUCAACCUUGCCGCCCUGCGCGUGCCUUCCCGCAAGAUGAUGCCCCUGUUUGGACUUGCCCUGGACGUUUGGCCUUCGCCAUCAGCGGCACGCCCUGCACUUUCCGUGUAGAGCCGCCGCCCCCCUACGUCCUCCGGCACGAUAUCCCUACUAGUCUUCGUCUCCGGGAAGCUGUUGCGUACACCACCUGGUUGGAGGCCACUUGUAGGACCGUAGCACACUGUCUCACUGCUGCCGCGAGUCAGCCCUGCCGUUUCGUCUGCCCUGGAGUUCUCUGCGCCUUAGGCCCUGCUAAGGACUGGCUCCUGGCAGCAGGCUUUCAGCCGACGGAUUUCGGCUUUCGCACACCGUGCGAUUGA